AUGAUUGGCUUCACAACCCUCAAGAAUUUCAAUAUCAGAAUCAAUCCUCCUAAGAUGAAGAGGGAUAUUGAUGUUUUAUGGAAUACAACUUCAAUUGGCUGGAUCAAAGGUAACACUGAUGAUGUUGCUAUGAGGACUCAUUCUCUUUGUGCUUGUGUCCCUAUGUUUAGAUAUGUUAAUGGUGAUCAUGUUGGUUCUUUCUCAUACUUUAUUGAAGAUGGUAAUGCAUUAGUUAUUGAAUUCAUUGGUGCUAUCAUGGCAAUGGAGGUAGCUAUCGACAAGAAUUUGGACAACAUUUGGAUUGAAACAAACUCCUUUAUUGUUGCUAGAGCUCUUUACAAUAUAAAUCGUGUCCCUUGGUCUAUCAAAAGUCGCUGGUUAAACUAG